UUCCCGGUAAGCCGUAGCCGUUGCUGCGUCGCGAGUUUCUUUUCUAAAUCGUGAAUCUCAUGAUCUUACCAUGCAGGAGUCAGGACUCGCUGAAGAACAAGGAAACAAGGAAAGAGAGAUCUCUCCAAGAAAAACUGUGCAGCCAACGAACGAGAGAAGACGAGCCUCGGGAAAAGCUGGCCAGGAUGGAAGACGGGGAGAGAGGACGUAGGACCGUUUUGAUCGUGAAUUAUUUGGCCGCGUGGAUGGAUGGCUUCCUUUUUCUUCGAGCUUGUUCGGCUCUAAGGGUUUUUGUGGCUAUGGCGGCCAGCGAGAAGAAGAAGAAGAAGAGGCGGAAGGGGCCGUCGCUCAAUGACACUGGGCUCAAGGACAGCGAUCUCCAGGAGGCUGAGCGGCUGCACGGAUUGCUGUUUGGAGCGCUCGAGAAUGCGGCAGAGGGUCUGGGCAAGGAGAUUGAGGUAGGCGAUGGAUUUCGGAGGGAUGUGCUAGGGGUCGAUGCCGGGGAGGAGCCGGCCGCGGAAGAAUGUGAGAGGAAGCCGGCAUGGAUCGACGAGGAAGAGAGCGAAAUCCAGGUGAAAGAGGGCAAGGCUGUGUCGGCGGCGGAGUAUGUUGCUGGGUUGAGGGCACAGCACGCGAAGCUCAAUCCGGGGACCGACUGGGCAGCGCUUCCAUCGGAGAAGAAGAAGAGAAAGAAUUUUGAUUCGGAGCUUGAUUCCGAUGUGGAGGAGGACGAGGACGAAGAUCACACGAGAAUUCUUCGAGAGAACGAUGAGUUAGUCGUGAAGAGCAAGGUCCGGUUGCCGCAGGGAUUGAUCGAAGUGUCGAGGCUCAAGGAUGGAAAUGCCGAUGAGCCUUCCAGCGCAGUGGUGAGGUCCGUGGAGUUCCACAGGAAUGGCCAGAUUUUGAUGACGGCCGGGUUUGACAAGAGGCUGCGCUUCUUCCAGAUCGAUGGCAAGAAGAAUCCCAAGAUCCAGAGCGUCUUCCUGGACAACUUCCCCGUCCACAAAGCGAGCUUCGUGCCCGACGGAUCCAAAGUCGUGGCUUCCUCGCGGAGGAAGAUGUACGUCUUGUAUGAUCUUGCUCACGCCAAGGUGGAGAAGGUGAUGCCUCCGGUCGGGAGAGACGAGCAAAGCCUGGAGAGCUUCGAGGUCUCUCCGGAUAGCAAGGUGGUGGCUUUCAUCGGGAACGAGGGAUACAUCCUUUUGAGCUCGCUUGGAACGAAACAGCUCAUUGGAACGCUGAAAAUGAAUGGCUCUGUGCGAUCGCUGGCGUUUGCGAACGAUGGUCGCCAGCUUCUCAGCUGUGGCGGCGACGGGGAAGUCUACUGCUGGGACUUGAGCACCAGGAGGUGCUUGUACAAGAUCAGGGACGAUGGCUGUGUCAACAACACGGCGCUGUGCGUGUCCCCGGCAGCAAACGAGUACUUCUCCACGGGAUCUUCCAGCGGGGUUGUCAACGUUUACAAGUACCAGGGACUCGCGAGCGGUGGUGCCGCCGCCGGGCCCGUCAAGACGCUGAUGAACUUGACGACGGCGGCGGACACCUUGAAGUUCAACCACGACGGCCAGAUCCUCGCGAUGUGCUCGAGAAUGAAGAAGGACGCGGUGAGGCUCGUUCACGUCCCUUCCUUCACGGUCUUCUCCAACUGGCCGACGCCGAAGACGGGCUUGCAGUACGUGCACUCGCUCGACUUUAGCCCCGGGAGCGGAUAUCUAGCAGCAGGAAACGCCGCGGGGAAGGUUUUGCUCUUCAGGCUUCGUCACUACGAGCACGCGUGACUACACAGGUCUUUUCUUCUAUCUUUGGCGGUUUGCUUCCAUGCUUCCAUGACUCUCCUCUUGGGUCCCUUUGCAACUUCCAGCGGAAUGCGCUCGCACAGGUCUCUCUUAGUAAAAUUCCAGUUUUGCUCCGCCAACUUUUGCUCUUGUUAGCAGAGGGGAUUGGCGCUGAUGUAAUGACUAGUGCAAGAUUAAUCCAGAUCCGGGAGUUUUUUUU